UGAAUCGCUACUAGUUCAAAGGUCAUACAGCAGCUGCUCAAAUGGCGCAUGUUCAUACAGAAAUGCGCCUAAAAGUUAAGUAGUUUGACCACCGUUUGACUUUUCAUCGUAGUAUUAAUUACAGAACUGAAUAUUUAUUUUAAAACAACUUAGGAAGUGUCAUUGUUUAUAGUUCGAUUUCAGUCAUGAUAGAAAUGGCAGGUCCAGAGCUGCUGUUAGACUCCAGUAUUCGCCUUUGGGUUGUUUUGCCCAUAGUCUUCAUCACAUUCUUCGUCGGUGUUUUGCGGCAUUACAUCACUAAACUGAUCCAUAAUGAGAAGAAAGUGGAUCUGCAGCAGGUGGCUGACAGCCAAGUUUUGCUGCGCAGUCGCAUAUUAAGAGAAAACGGAAAGUAUCUUCCUAAACAGUCAUUUGCCAUGAGAAAACAUUACUUCAACAACCCUGAGACUGGAUUCUUCAAGAAGGUCAAAAGAAAGGUGACGCCCAAAAACCCCAUGACAGAUCCCAGCAUGCUGACCGACAUGAUGAAAGGGAAUCUGACCAACGUGCUGCCCAUGAUUCUGAUUGGAGGAUGGAUCAACUGGGCCUUUUCUGGUUUCCUCACAACUAAAGUUCCAUUUCCUCUGACUCUGAGAUUCAAGCCCAUGUUGCAGAGAGGAAUCGAGCUGGUCUCUCUGGAUGCAUCAUGGGUCAGUUCAGCUUCAUGGUAUUUUCUCAAUGUGUUCGGGCUCAGAAGCAUGUACACCCUCAUCCUUGGACAAGACAAUGCUGCAGAUCAGUCCAGAAUUAUGCAGGAUCAGAUGACGGGGGCUGCGAUGGCGAUGCCCCCUGAUCCUAAUAAAGCAUUUAAGAGCGAGUGGGAAGCCCUGGAGAUCGUGGAGCAUAAAUGGGCCCUGGAGAACGUUGAGGAGGAACUCAUGUGUCAGGAUCUGAACUUCAGAGAACUCUAACUAAAAACCACAGUAAAAAUCAAACAUCUGAUAUGAUAUGAACCAGUGAUUGAUUAACAUGAUUCAUAUGCUGGUACUUGACGAAUACUGGAAUGAUCUUGAUGGCGUUUAGGGUGAUUUUGAACGUCUUAAAGGGACAGUUCCCCCUUACCCCCCUUACCCCCCCCCCCAAUUCUGAAACAAAUUCUGUCAUAAUUAACCCUUAUUUUUUGAAGAAUGUAGAAAACCUGUAACCAUUGAUAUCCAUAAUUGGUAAAUCAAAUACUAGGAUAGUCAAUGAUCCCCGGUUUCCAAAAUUACGAUGACAGAUUUUCACAUUUGGGUGAACUAUCCCUUUAACACCCACAUGAAUGUCUUGAAGAAUUGAAAUGAAAUAAAAGCACAGUGAAGAUCCAAAAUUACUGCCAAAGGUAUUAACAUACAGAAGUUCUCAUGUUUUAUGUCUUAGUAUUAUAUUUAUGUGUGAACUGAUGCACUGAAAACAUGUUUUAGGACAGUGUUUCUCAACCACAUUCCUGGAGGACCACCAGCACUGCAUGUUUUGGAUGUCACUUUUGUCUGUCAUACUCAUUACAGGUCUUUCAGCCUCUGCUAACGAGCUGAUGAUCUGAAUCAGGCGUGUUCGGUUAAUGAGACAUGGAAAAUGUGCAGAGCUGGUGGUCCUCCAGGAACAUGGUUGAGAAACACUGUCUGAGAAGUUAAGUGCCUUUAGGAUUUCAACUUUAUUGAAACUGUUUCUAUACAGCAUUUUCUCUUUAGCGGUCGAUUUUUAUAGCGGUUUCUUAAUGACUAGCCUUUGUUUCAAACACUGAGAUAUUAUAGCAGUAAAAUGAUUGUAGAGCAGAUGUUAUUUCGUCCUCUGUGUUCGAGAGAUGUAUUAAUAUAAUAAACAUUAUAUUGAACCCUCAGGUGAAGAGGAAAUCAA